AUGAAGAACUGUGUCGAUAUAGAAAUUUCAGAAUUUGUUAGCAAAAAGUUAAAAAGAAACUUUUUUACUGAUCAGGAAGAAAGAAAGCACGGGGAAUUAAAUAAAGAUUUUGAUAUUUUGGAUAUUUAUGACAUAAGAAAGUGUUUUUAUUUCACCUCGAAUUUUCUCUUGCAAUUUGUCAAAAACAGUUCAAAUCUCUCUCUGUAUAAACGAAAAUAA